AUGGAUGCUCCCCAGGAAUAUUAUAAUAACCUUAAUAAUACUUACACUUCAUUUCCAAAUGACAGUAUCAAGCGCAAUAAUAUUUCAGAAGAUAUUUCAUCUCAUAAUGCUUCUGGUUAUUUGAAUUUGAAAGAAUAUAUUUUUAUUUCCGUGUUUGUCAUCUGUAUUGUUGGAGCCGUGGGGAAUGGAAUGGUCAUCUGGCUACUUGGCUUCCGCAUUAAGAGAAAUCCUUUCAUCACCUAUAUCUUAAACUUGGCCGUCGCUGAUUUUGGACUUCUUGUGUCAACGAUAUUUAUGAUUGUUAGUGUGUGGAUUAGAUUUCAAUACCCUUCUCACAUUAUUUUGCAUGUAUUCUCCCUCUUGUUCCUAUCAAUGUAUAGUGCUGGUCAAUUUCUUCUGACAGCUAUCAGCAUUGACCGGUGUGUGGCUGUCUUCUUCCCACUUUGGCACCAAUGCCGCCGGCCACCACGUUUGUCCACCAUUGUAUGUGCACUAAUAUGGGUCAUCUCCCUCCUACUUAUUGUAACUGUCUUCAUUAUCGAAAAAAGUUAUCUGCACAAAAGUGGUAUUUUAAUAUUUUGCCAAUUUAUUGUGAAUGCUGCGCUUUGCCUCCCCCUCAUGACUUCUGCCACUCUUGCCCUGUUCAUUAAAGUCUGCUUUAAAGCACGACAGCAGCGGAGGGGGAAGCUUUUGACAAUCAUCUUAAUCACUCUUUUCUUCUUCAUCCUCUUGGUUUUUCCAUUGAAUGUAAUAUACGUUCUCAAUAUUUAUCAUGAUUUACCUCCAUAUUUUCUAGAAUGUGCAUGUUCAUUAUCCUGUAUAAACAGCAGUGUGAACCCAGUCAUUUAUUUCCUCAUUGGGAGACAAUGGAAAUCUAGGCACAAGGAGACCAUGAAAAUGGUCCUCCAGAGAGUUUUCAAGGAGGAAGAACGCUGUACUGAAGAAAUCCAAUUAUGA